GUCAAAAAUCGCACGCUUUCAAACCAAAAAUCCUCCAAAAAUAAUGGGUCGCGGCAAGUUUCACAACAGUAACAAGCGAAAAUUCGACAAAAACCGGGAUCAAAAAGGUCAGGGCUACAAAUUCCAAGACAAUAAUGAACCUUCAACAGGCUCAUAUGGCAGCCUCAAAGAAUCCGCUGUCGGCAUCGAAUCCUACACAACAUCCCUCGAAAACCGCUUUUCCGGCGCCAUCAAACAGAGAUUCUCCGAUUUUCACGUCAACGAAAUCGAUUUAGACGGGAUCGAAGUACGUUUAACUGACAAAACCCUCCCGGAAGAGCCAAAAAUCGACUUUAGCGACGUCAAAGAGUGUUCCUUGAUCGACGAAGGGCUCGUCACGCUCCAACAAUUUGAUGAAAUCAAGGAAAUUGUCUCGGGAGAGGAUUUCGAGCGUAAAGUUUUGAUCGAUGUGACACUUUUGGACAAGGAGAAACGUGGUUUGAUCCAUCAAACGUUGAAAAAAGUCUUCAAACACGACAUUUUGGCAGGAACUAAAACCGGGGAUGAUGAAAAAAAGUUCAUUGAGGUCAGAAAAUUCAAUUCUAAGAACCGGGAUCGCAAAGAUUGGCUCUGGCCUGAGGAAUAUUUGACGUUUGUCAUGUACAAGGAGAAUGUUGACACAGUUCAAGCUAUAAAUGCACUUGCUACAAAGUCGGGGUUGAAGCCAAAUUUGUUCGCAUAUGCUGGCACGAAGGAUCGGAGAGCUAAAACGAGUCAAAAAGUUUGUGUUCGACGCACGGAGCCACAAAAAAUCGCAAAUGCAGCGAAAUAUUGUCACAAUAUUCAUGUCGGAAACUUCAAAUUCGUCAAGGAAACGUUGAAAUUGGGACAAUUAAAGGGAAAUCGCUUCCGAAUUGUGCUGCGAGACGUCACGGCGGAAGAUGAAGUCAUCGCCGCAACCAUGAACGAGUUCCAAAACAACGGAUUUGUCAAUUAUUUCGGCUUGCAACGCUUCGGGAACUUUGCUACGAUCCCAACAUACGAAAUUGGGAAGGCUCUGUUGAAGCAACAAUGGAAAUUGGCAUGUGAAUUGAUCAUGAAACCGCGUGAUGGGGACCCCAGCGACAUCAAAGCGAUGCGGGAACAUUGGUGGGCGACACGAGAUUCGAAAGCGGCACGAAAAAUGUUGCGAUUUUCAUCGACAAUGGUCGAAGCUCGGCUGUUAGAUGGCUUUUGUAAGACCGGAGAGACGGAUUUUUUGGGCGCUUUAACAAACAUCCCGCGAAAUAUGCGACUUUUGUAUGCCCACAGCUAUCAGAGCUUCAUUUGGAACCAAGUAGUAACGCGACGCGUCAAAGAAAUGGGCCUCAAACUAUGCGUGGGUGACUUAAUUUUCGCCGAAAAUGCCGUCGAAGCGCCGCUCGAAGCAGAAAUCGACGAAAAUGAGCCGGAAAUUGAACCGGAAUUCCCUGUUGAUGAGUCAAUUUACAAAAAAAUGGUCCGCCCGUUGACGGAAGAAGACAUCAAAUCCGGAAAAUUUUCAAUUUUUGACAUUGUAGCGCCUUUGCCAGGACAUGACGUGACAUAUCCAAGCAAUGAAAUGGGUGAAUGGUAUAAGGAAUUGCUCGCGGCGGAUAAUUUAUCGUCAGAAGCGUUGAAACAACCAAAGAGAAAAGUUUAUUCUCUGACGGGAUCUUAUCGGAAAAUGUUUGUAAAGGCCCAAAAUUUUAGCUGGAAGGUGCAAAAGUAUGAAAAUCCGACAGAAAAUUUAAUUUUAUCCGAUCUUGAAGUGCUUCGAGGGGAGAAACUCGAAGAAAAAUCAGAAAAUGGCGAAUUUAAAGCUGUGAUAUUGGAUUUUGUGUUGCCUUCUUCGUGUUAUGCGACAAUGGCUUUAAGGGAAAUUCUCAAAUCCGAGCUUGAAGUUAAAGAUGUGCUUGAAGAUGUUGAACCGGAGUGCAAAAAAAUCAAAAAAAUAGCUGAAAUUGAAUAAAAUUGACUUUAAUUUACGAUUUUUUGAAGACAAUUACUUACGGAUGUUCUCUCGAGAGACAAUAAAAAACCUUAACUUUGGUAUUUUUUCAAUUAAAACCUUUUUUAAAUACAAUUGAAGCGAAAUAUUUUGUGUGAAGCCAUCCAUG